AAUCAUACUACCAUAAUAUGAUCAUUAUCAUGAGGUGGUAUUAUUUGUAUCAGCAAUGACAAGAUGCGAAGUUUAUAGGUUUUUAUGGCCACGUAGUUUGUACCGUAAUCCAAAUCAUAUUAGUAUAAAACAUAUCAUAAUGAUCAAAUCAGAUUGGGAUACAAAUACAAUAAUACAACCAAUGAUGUACUAAUUCAUAAAGAGAAGUAAAGGGAGGGACCAAAGAGCAAAAUAAUAAGAGAAGGGUUGUACAUAUAUUGCAUGGCUGCCAAAACAAGGGGAGCUGAACCAGACAGUUCCUCCUCUCUGACAAUGGCUGACGUUUUUUAGUAGUAAAUUGGGAUUGCUAAAACUGGCUGUUCUGGUUCUGUUUUAUAUAUGGCAAAGAUUUCCCAAGAUUUUUGAGAUGGGCCUAUUGUUAGUACACUUCAUAGGUUGUUUCUGGUACUAGAAAAAAUAAUAUAAAUAUACAAAAAGGAAAAAAAUGAAAUUGAAAAAUAUCACUGCACAAAUCUUUUUGGUGAGGACCAUCAAACUUGAAAAAUAUGAAGAAAAUCAUGAAUAUAUAUAGAUAUAAAUAUGGUAUGGUGAAUGGAUAUAAAUACAGUAACUAAACAUAUAUAGGUUUGUGUGUUUUCUCUUGUUAGCAAGUUGAAACACAUGUUGUUCUUGAAAUUAGACUUCCUUCGAUGGAAUCAUUCGAAUAAUUAUCGGUAUUCUUAGUUGCGAAGAAUUUAAUUAAUUUGAAGGAAUGGUAUUUAAAGUGUCUCGAUGUUGUUUAUCGAUGACAGUGAGCAUUAUAUGCACGAGCAUGUUGUUGGUUCUGAAAGAGUUUUAUAGUCCACUUUUUGUGUAUGACCUAUAUAGAGAUAGUUAUUUUAUCAUAACAUAAUUGGUAUUUUUUGUACCUAUUUUAAUUAGAUGAGCUCAUGUUCACACUUGUAAUUAUUUUGGUAUAAAUACCCUUAGAUUGGAAUGUAAUUGGUUUAUCAAUUUGGUUAAUUUGCUUGAUUAGCAUUUGUACCAGAUGACACCGCUAAAUCUUACGAUCUAGUAAAUUCCAAGUUUUUCCUCCAACAAUCUAUGAUUCUUACUACGCGAUCCGAACGGUAUUAUAUCAUGGCGACCUUCCACAAACACAGCAAAAGUCAUUGACCACAUUGGUUUAAAAAUUAAGUCAUUUUGAAUCUUGAUCAUCUUACAUACUACCCUAUUUUAGUACUACAUAUCAAUUUAAUUAAAAAAAAAAAAUAAGAACAGAGUAGAUAAACUCAAACAAAAUAUUUACAUGCUGCUAACGAUCAGAGAAUCUUUUUUGUGAUUAGAUUGAGAAUGUCAAAGAGUAUCCACCUAAUAAUAAUUUAGAAAUAAUAAUAAGCUUAAGUAUCAACUAUCAAGUCGCCAAAUAGAUACACAUUCUCUCGAUUUUUGAUUACUCUGUUUUUUUUUUCUUUUCAUUUUUGCCUCUUCUCUCUCCCUCUCUGCCACAUUGUCCUCCUAGAAAACGAUCUUCAAUGGAGCCUUAAAACAGGGGAGAUCGAUUGAGAUGAUCUUUCCAUCCCUUUCCAACCUCACAAUAUCUCGCCAAUUAAAAAGAAAAUUAGAUUUUCCCCCCAUUUUCUUCGUUGCUUGUUUUUUUUAGAUUCGUGGGGGAUCGAUCUUGAUUCACAUCGAUUCUUCCAACUUCAUCUGAGUUUUCUCUCUGCUUAUUUAAAUGGUAGAUUUUCCCCACUCGGGAGCAGCUUGAGAAAAGGAAAACAGAGUAAAAGUUCAAUGUGUACUACCGCCGGCAACGGCGGCGCCGGCGACGGAGAGAGUCCAAGUGCUAGUAGCUGUUGGUUGACGAAGAAGACGGCGCCGUCCAAGAAACAGAGAGUGCCGAAGCGAGGCCCCGGCGUGGCUGAGCUGGAGAAGAUCCUGCGAGAACAAGGAGACCAUAAAAAGGCCACCACCACCAGUGACGUGGCGGUGGUUCCUCCACCACCUCAUCCGCCGUCGCCACCUCCGGCGGCGGCGGCGUGUUCUUCACUUCCGUCUUCUCCUCCUCCUCCUCCUCUGUCAAGCUCUGCCUCUAAAACCCCUGCUUUUCCUCCAAGGUCGCAACUUUACAGCUUUCUACCACAACCCACGAGCUGGAAUCCCGGCGAGAGUAGCCACGAUGCUGGAAAUUGCAGCAAAUCGGAAUUUCGGUUCCCUUUCUCUCCACUUUUGGGGAGUAAUGGAUCCUCUGACCAGCAAGCGGUUCCUUCCCCUGUUUUCUUUCAAAGGAGCCAGCAACAUUCCUCCUGCCCCGCCAUGAUGAAUUUGUUCCCACAGAAUUCUUCAGCAGCAGAGCCCCCUUCAAACCAAACAGCAUUGUAUCGCCGGUCCCCUGUUUCAUGGCCAGAGGAAGAUACACCUAGCAUGGUUGGGACAAAGAGAUCGUGUCCGUACACCAUGGAUAUACCUCAAAUCCCAGUGUUCCGCUACCAAGUUCCUUCCUAUUUACCUCAAGUGACCGAAUCAGUCUCGACAUUUUCACUGGGUAGCCACUACAACGCAAAUUACAGAGGACAGAGUUCUUCUUAUCCCAACGACGAGCAGAGUUCGAGAAGAUGGAGUGGGAACAGUAACAGUAAAGAUCCAGCUUUUGCAGAAGGACAGGGCGGUUUCGUCUUACUAGGCUGUCCAACAACAACUCGCAUUUCUAAACAACAGCACUUGAACAUCAAUCCUCCGACGCCAUGUCAGGAAAUGAAGAAAACCAUGGACCGUCCAGCGAACAAAUUACCUUUCUACAGCUUUAUAGUUCCCGAAGAUGAAGGAGGGCAGCAGGAGAUGGAUCAAGCCGAGACAGAGUUGAGUUUCGUGAGUGGAAGGGAAAUGACAAGAGGAGAUGAGGGUCUUGAUCUCAGCUUGAAGCUGUGAUGAGCAAUGGUGUGGGGUAAGUUGCAGAGUCUCUAGAGUAGAGAAGAGGGUGAAUUAGUUGGGUUUGGCUCCACGGACAGCAGGGGAAGACAGAGGUUGAAAUUCCGACAGGAUUCUGGUGGCGGACAGAGGAAACUGUCCUUUUGUUUCAGGUGGUUUCGGUAGGACAUGUUGAAUUGUACCACGGAUUGUGUGCAGCAAAUUGUUGCAGUGAUUAAGAGAGAGAAGCUAGGGAGUGUGUAAUGUUUUCUGCAAGCAUCAGGGAUUCAGGGUAACUGAAAUGUAGGUAAUGCAGAGAGAGAGAGAGGGAGGUUUGGUGAACGUUAAUCAUGAUUGUGGAGACAACUUUGUAGAUGAGCUAAACCUAAUUAGUGAGAUUAGAUAUAUAGCUUGCUUCUCUUCCUUGCUUUCUCGUUUCACACGAGGUUUGUGAAAUCAUAUCGUACUAACAUUAGACCAUAAAACUACCCUAUGAAACGGUUGAACCUGACAAAUUCUAAGCUCGGUUUUGCAUGAAGUACAAAUUAAUCUCGAGUAGAAACAUAAAAAAAGCAAACAAAAACUCAAUACAAACCACAUCCAUCAGGUUAACCGCGUAGUUUACCAUUAUCUAACUGAAUACAACAAUCUAAAAUAG